ACAACAACUUCUUUGAAAUGCAAGAUUAGCAGCAGACGAAGAGGAGGAGGACAUGUGUCACCUGACAUUGUUUAUUGUGAGUGGAGACGAUGGCGAGAAACGAGGAGAAGCAACAAGGGAAACUGAACAGACUGUGGCUGCAGAAGGAGAGAGAGGUUCACUUUCACCUGCAGCAGCUUGUCUCAGCCAAACCUUCUCCUCCACAGUCCACUCUCAACUCAGCCUCGUCUGUGACCAAGUGGAUCCCCAGCAUCAAGAAAGAAAUAGAGUAUUAUCUGCAGCAGUCCCAGCUGUCUCACUACCCGGAGAGGAAGAUCGCUGAGUUCCAGCUGUGCAUCGAGGCUCUGGAGAAAGAGUACAAGAGAUUCAUCACCAAACUGCGAGCGCUCGACCCUUCGUGCAAACACAAGCCGUGGACUCCUCGAGGGUACUGCAAGAGGAGAGCAGAGACAAGGGACCCUCCGGGGACAGCUCGGUGCUCCACAGUGAAAAACCCUCGACCCAGUGAGUCACAUGAGGACAGCAGUCAGUGGAGUGGGGCUGAACCUGACUUGGUUAGCAGCCGGACAGGAUGUCACCAAACCUCAGCCACCGAGAUGGAGAGACCUCUCGGAUAUUCAGAGGCCAGACGUCAAACCCCUGUCCCCACCAACCCGAGGUCAGAAACCUCAGAGACAGUCUGCGCAGACCAGGACCAGCCGCUCUCCUUCGACCGCACACGGCUGGCAGUGGCCACCGCUGCGUUCAGAGGGCCGGCGGUUCAGCUCAGCUCGUCUCCAACACAGAGUCUAGCAAGGGUUCUGCAGUCAGGCCUGCCAAACCUCAGUAAUUCCCUGUCAGGUCAAACAUUUUCAUCACAGAACAGAGACACAGAGAGAGAUGUCGGGACAACAGAGGGUUUGGUUUUCGGACAGAAAGGUGCCGUCCAAGAACAUAUGUCAGAGUGUGAAGCAGCAGAGAGGAAACCUGAGAAAUCCGAGGAGAGCACUGGUCACGUCCUGGGAUUAGACUGUUACUCUUCCUCUGAUGGGGAGUGUGAUAUCGUAGAUCAUCAGACAUAGUACUUUAUAUCUGUAUACAUCUUGUGUCCUUUCAAGGGCUGGCAGGUAAUGUGAACAGCAACAUUGAUGUGAUAAAAGUACUUUGUAAAAUAAAAAAUUAAAUAUAAUAAUAAUAAAGAGUUAAAAACAAAAAAUUACUAGAUUUUUAAAAAAAACAAUUCCUACAUUUUUUUCUUAAAUAGGCCAAAUUUUCUCAAGUAUGUGAGGUGCCAUGCUGUGUGUUGAGUAGAAUUUAACAAACUCUUUUAAACAUGAAGACGAUGAAUCUGAAUAACUCAAUUUGUGAAUAUACAAAAGAUAGGUUUCAGUUUAGAAUUAAAGCCGCACUGAUCGGACCUGCUGCUUAAGAGAAAAAAAAGAUGAAUUUAUGUCAUGGGGACCACAGUUCCAGCCGACAGGGUGGGGAAUGUGUGAGAAAAGCACAGUAACUAAUAGAGAUACUUGCUGAUUCAGUGUAUCUCUGGUUGUAUUAACUGGAGCAGCAUCUCUGAACACAAUCUGGUUAGACCCCAAACGCCUUCCCUCCCACCU